AUGAACAAUAUAUUUCAUGGAAAUGACGAUGACUGUGCCAACGAAGACGCUGUGGGUUUUCAAAAAAUUUCUUUGAGAAGUCCCUUCAGUAAGAAAAAGAACAUAUUCAAAAAUGUUCAGACCUUUUUUAAGUCCAAAAGCAAACACUUGCAUAUCGAUAAUGAUUUGACCAAUAAAGACCAUCUUACCUUAAACAAAUCUCCAUUGUUAACAAAAUAUAGGAGUAAUGAAAUUGAUAUUCCUUCACCAAAUAUAAAGCAAUUUGGCCAUCGCGAUGAGUUAGAUGAAAGUAAAGAUGAUGAUCUAGUUCUAAGCAUGCAUUUUGCUUCUCAAACUUUACAAAGUCCCACUAGAAACUCAUCAAGAAGAUCUUUGACCAACACUAGGGAAAAUGACCUUUUAAGUCGAAUCAAGUACCCUGGCAGUCCCCAGACGUCUAGCUCUUUUUCAAGAUCAAGGUCGUUGUCGAGAAAAGCGAGCAUGAAUAGCAGUAGCAAUUCAAGCAGGAGAGUGCAAAGGCAAGAUGGGAAAGUUCCAAGGUCAUCAAGAAAAAGUUCACAGAGAUUUUCACACAUUUCUCAAAAUAAUUUGAAUUUCACUUCUGCGUCGUCCAGUCCACUAGCUCCUAAUUCGACAGGGUUAAAAUGUUUCGAAUCAUGCCUAGCCAAAGCACAAAUACCAUAUUACUAUGAUGACCGGAACUCAAAUGACUUUUUCCCCCGAAUCUCUCCAGAAACAUUGAAAAAUAUUCUGCAGAAUAAUAUGUGCCACCCGUUUUAUAGUUCGUGUUGCAUUAUAGAUUGCCGGUUUGAAUACGAAUAUGUUGGCGGCCACAUCAUAAACUCCGUUAAUGUACACUCGAGAGAUGAUAUAGAGAACGAAUUUAUCCACAAAGUCUUGCACAGUGAUACUAGCAACAAUAAUAAUCUACCAACUCUGCUAAUCAUCCAUUGUGAAUUUAGUUCCCAUCGGGGACCUUCGUUGGCGUCCCAUUUGAGAAACUGCGAUCGUAUAAUAAAUCAGGAUCAUUAUCCCAAAUUGUUCUACCCCGAUAUAUUAAUAUUGGAUGGCGGAUACAAAGCCGUUUUUGACAAUUUUCCUGAAUUAUGUUAUCCACGCCAGUACGUAGGGAUGAACUCACAAGAAAAUUUGCUGAAUUGCGAACAAGAAAUGGAUAAGUUUAGGAGGGAAUCCAAAAGGUUCGCUACGAAAAAUAAUUCCUUUAAAAAAUUAGCUUCUCCUUCAAAUCCCAACUUUUUCUAUAGAGAUAGUCAUCAAUCUUCAACAACAAUGGCAUCUUCUGCGCUAUCAUUCAAAUUCGAGCCGCCUCCGAAACUAUCGUUAAACCACAGAAGAAUUUCUAGUGGUUCAUCAUUAAAUUUGAGUGAAAGUACAGGAGACGAGAAUUUCUUUCCCAUCUUAAGUAAAUCAUCCAUGAGCAGUAACAGUAAUUUAAGCACUUCACAUAUGUUACUAAUGGAUGGACUGGAUACCCCAUCUUGUUUUAGUUUCGAAGAUGAAAGAGGCAAUGACGAGCGAGGAAGUAAAGAUGAAGAGCAAGACGGAGAUUUUACUUUUGUUGCUUCAGAUCGAGAAGAUUUACCCAGGCCUGCAAGAAGAUCGUUAUUCUCGUCCCUAGAGGACGAAGAUAAAAACUAA